CAUCUUGCUUCUUCUUCCUCCUCCUUCUCUGUUCUUAUUGUUCUUCUGAAUUCAUAAAAUACAAGAGAUUUGCUUGUUUGUUCUCGAGGAAUAAUCAAUAAUACACCUUGUUUGAAUCGAAUUCAAGAUUUUUAAGAUGCCCGGAAUGGUGACCGAGAACCCGACCUCAAAUCCCAAUAGCGGAGCCCUAACGAAUGAAGUGUAUGUGCCACACAAAGAGCUUUUCGGCUACUCAUCACCGAGAAGCCCUUUGAGCACACAUAGUCCCGAAAGUGAUUCGAUGGAUUUAGGUGUCGACAGCCCUGGGGGUGUCGACACCUCCAUCGAACAGUUGUAUCAUAAUGUAUGCGAGAUGCAAAGCUCGGAUCAGUCGCCUUCGAGGUUCAGUUACUUGUCGUACGGUCAGGAAUCGCGAAUCGAUUCCGAGCUACGGUUUCUUGCUGGCGGAGAUUUCACGAGGAUCGAUAAUGGUGUUACGGAAGAGCCGAUGGUUAUGGCGGACGAGAAAGAAUUCAAAGAAUCGUCAGACAAUCCUGUUAUUGUGAAACCGAAUCAGUCUUCAAGUCCAAAAGUUCGAACACCAAGCCCGAAGAUUAAACCGCCUUCCGGUAAGAAAAUUGGAUCGAGGGGAACUCCGAAGAAACACGAAAAAGUUUUGCCGAAUGGGAACGAAGAUGCAGCGUAUGUCGGAACUUAUCUACUCAAACAAGCGCGGGAUUUGUUGUCAUCGGGUGAUAACGUGAAGAAGGCUUUCGAUUUAGCUCAACGGGCGUUGAAAUCAUUCGAAAGCUCCCAAUCCGAGAAACCGAAUUUGGAAUUCGUCAUGUGUUUGCAUAUCGUAGCUGCGUUGAACUGUAGUUUAGGGAGGUACAACGAAGCCAUUCCGUUGCUCGAGCGUUCGAUCGAGAUUCCGAGUAUGGACGAAGGCCAAAAACAUUCGUUGGCCAAAUUUGCGGGAUGUAUGCAGUUAGGUGAUGCGUAUGCGAUGCUUGGAAAUAUCGAAAAUUCGAUUCUUUGUUAUACGGCGGGUUUGGAAAUCCAGAGACAAGUUCUCGGUAAAAAAGAUGAUCGAUUCGGGGAGACCUGCAGGUACGUAGCCGAGGCUCAUGUUCAGGCAAUGCAGUUUGACGAAGCCAAGAGACUUUGUCAAUUGGCUCUCGAUAUACACCGAGAGAAUGGUUCAGCGUCUCUAGAAGAAGCUGCAGACCGGCGGCUUAUGGGGCUUAUUUGCGAUUCGAUGGGAGAUUACGAAACUGCCCUCGAGCAUUACGUUUUGGCGAGCAUGGCCAUGGCGGCAGGUGGACACGAGACUGAUGUCGCCGCCAUAGACGUGUGCAUCGGGGACGCAUAUCUAUCUAUGGUCCGUUACGACGAGGCGGUUUUCUCGUAUCAGAAAGCGCUUAACUUGUUCAAGUCGACAAAAGGUGAAAACCAUCCAUCGUGUGCUUCGGUUUUUGUCCGAUUGGCAGAUCUUUACAACAAGAUCGGGAAGUUCCGAGAAUCCAAAUCUUACUGCGAAAACGCGCUCCGGAUUUACGUGAAGCCGGUUCCCGGAUUCCCGAAAGAAGAAAUCGCUAGCGGUCUUGUUGAAGUUUCAUCUAUUUACGAGUCCAUGAACGAACUCGAUCAAGCGCUCAACUUACUCAAGAAGGCACUCAAGGCAUACGGCAAGGCGGCGGGCCAAUUGAGCACAGUGGCCGGAAUCGAGGCUCAGAUCGGAGUUUUGUACUACAUGAUGGGGAGUUAUAAGCAAUCGUAUGAUUGCUUGAAAACCGCCAUUUCGAAGCUGCGUGCGGUCGGAGAGAAGAAAUCGGCUCUUUUCGGCGUGGCGUUGAACCAAAUGGGGCUCGCGUGUGUCCAAAUUCACUCUAUAAACGAGGCUGCCGAUCUUUUCGAAGAAGCGAGAGGCAUUUUGGAGACGGAAUACGGCCCACAUCAUCCCGAUACACUCGGCGUUUAUAGCAAUCUUGCGGGAACUUAUGAUGCCAUGGGCAGGUGGAACGAUGCGAUCGAGAUACUAGAAUAUGUUGUCGGGAUGCGAGAGGAGAAGCUCGGGACGGCAAACCCGGACGUGGACGACGAGAAGCGGAGGCUGACGGAGUUGCUGGACGAAGCCGGUCGGAAUCGGAACAAGAAAUCGCUGUCACUUGAAUUCCUUCUUGAGGCCUAAUUUCGUUUUCAAGAACUGGUUUGAAUUGAAUAUGGAUAGAACGUCGUCGUAAUGUUAGUGUUGGAAUCUCGUUUUCCAUUGUUGUUAUACCAAAUCCUGCUGUUAGAUUAUGCUUUUACUCCAAUUUUGUGUUAAAAUGAAUAAAUUGGAAUAUGUGAUUUAUGA